CCCUCAAACCAAACAAUGCAUAUUGUCAGUGCACUGCAUCUGCUGUUUCAAGAUAAGGGAGGAAAGUGGCAUGUGACUGCAGAGAGUGAUUUUGACUGAUAUCUAGUAUUGCAGCCUGAUCUGAGAUGUUUUUGAAAAGGUCUCUCCAAAUGCUAGUGAGGGAAUAGUAAAAAUAAUCAGGUUGUUAGGAAGUCCAGCCAAAGCAGGGACAGCACAAGAACUGGGUUCGGGAGCCAUCCAAUGCUCUCAGAGGUCACUGAAUACCUCAGUCAUGGGAUGCUUGGCCUCAGCUGUCUUAACCUGAGAACAAUGUCUAUGACUUCUGUUCCACCUUAUGCUGACGCUCACGUUCACUUGUUACUACUCCUACACACUGGGAUUUUGCCCGAGUCAAAGUUUCAAUCUGAGCAAGGAUAUCAGGGUUUCGCCCUGAACUUGGUUCGCAUUCACCGUACGUUACUUGUGUUGGUAUGAGUCGUGAGGAGCUGUCGGCCACUCGAGGGGUACCCAGCACAGUGACUUGAUCGAUAGCUAGAAUUUGCUGCACAGUGUUGUGUGUGGAGACUGAAAUCUUUCAAGCUCCUGUUUUGUGACAGAAUUUGGUUUCUUUUUCACUUUGAGGCAGUUUCUGAGACAGCUGAUCUGUAGAAAAUAACAGUCUCACAUCUGUGCUUCUACAGAAUAGCUCACUCUACCGCUCACCAUCUGUGGCCGCUUGCGGCCCAUAGCUGGUGUAUUAUGUAAAUAAGAAAGUUACACAAAAAUAUAUAGCUAGUUUUCGUAUUUUUAAUUUGUCCUCCCUAUUCAGGGUCUUCAAGACCCUGGACAUACAUCACCAGAGAGGUGAUAUCCUUGCAGAGGAGAUACUGGUAUCAGAAGAAAGGGCAUUUUGUGAUCCCCCUUGUCAGUUCACCCCAAAACCAGAAGCUUGGCUGCAGGUGACCUGAGGAAGUAAGACAGAGGCCUUUAAGGAAAUCGCUCUGGUGAGUGACUCCCUUGACAGUAAUGUGACCGGACACCAGGUUCUCCUCUCAGAUAGAUAACAGUGAAGAAACCAGCUCUGAAACUAGAAAGAAGAAUGCCAAACACAAAACUUUGUCGUAAAAAACAGUGCAGGUGUUCCUCAGACCGUCGCUGUGUACUUAUCUCAGAGCCCAGGGGUCUCACGCAAGAGGACCUUGUUUUUUAUGAAUUUUGUGGUUAAGCCUCAUAAAUUGCCAGGUGCCACCUGGAUCUGAGAGAUCUGUAUUGUGCUGAGUUGAAGCAACCUGUGGUUACCACCAGGGUGGCACUGGGAGCUGGGAGGGACAGGGAUAAAUGAGAUAAACAGCACUGCAGUGGCUUUAAAAAGCAGCGGGAACAGAGGAAGAGAGAAAGCACGCACGAGAGAGGGCAGGCGAGCCUGGCAUUUGGAACAAGCUGAACAGACAUUUCAGCAGCUCUGCAAACUGACAGCGAGCUCAAGUGACCUGGUUUCUACUGGACUGGAGAUGUCAGUAGCAUCAAAAAUGGACCUGCCUGAAGAAAUUCAGCAUCCCCAUACAAAAUUUUCUGAAUGGAAAUUCAAGCUGUUUAAAGUGCGAUCAUUUGAAAAAAGACCUUCUGAUGACACCCGAUGCGUAAAUAAGAACCAAGCAGAAGAGGCAGCUUCUUCAGGCAAAAGCAUUAUAGUGCAUAAGGAUGAAACAAUGCCAAGAGCAGAAAAGUCAAUUCUGGCACAGACGGACUUAAUGGGCAAUAGGGAGGCACUUGAGAAAGAUGCCAAUGACAUGAAAAUACAAGACAAUGAAGCUCAUCAGAAUAAUCUGAAGCAACUUUGCCGCAUCUGUGGAGUUUCACUUAAAACAAAUUGCCACAAGAGAAGUCAUCCAGUACAUGGGCCAGUGGACAAUGAAACUCUGUGGCUUCUGAGAAAGAAAGAGAAAAAAGCAACCUCUUGGCCAGAUCUCAUUGCUAAGGUUUUUAAGAUUGACGUGCGAGGGGAUAUUGACACAAUCCAUCCCACUCGAUUUUGUCAUAACUGCUGGAGCAUUAUCCAUGGAAAAUUCAGUAAUGCCCUAUGUGAAGUCUAUUUCCCUAGGAACACCGCGAUGGAGUGGCAACCCCACUCCCCAAACUGUGCUGUGUGCCGCACUGCCCGCCGGGGUGUCAAGAGAAAAAGCCAAUCACCCAGUGUACAGCUUGGCAAACGAGUGAAGGCCACUGCAGGACGUGCUCGAAUAAACAAAGGCCUAAAGAACCAAGCACAGAUAAAGAACAAAAACUUAAUGAAAGAGAUUGCCAAUUGCCAGAAGAUACAUCUCAGCACCAAACUCCUUGCAGUUGAUUACCCAGUAGAUUUCAUUAAAUCCAUCUCUUGCCAGAUUUGUGAGCACAUUUUGGCAGAUCCAGUGGAAACAACGUGUAGACACUUGUUUUGCAGAACUUGCAUUCUUAAAUGUAUCAAAGUUAUGGGCAGCUAUUGCCCCUCCUGCUGGUAUCCUUGCUUUCCUACUGAUCUGGUAAGCCCAGUGAAAUCCUUCCUGAACAUCCUUGAUAGCCUGGGAAUAAGAUGCUCUGUAAAGGAAUGUGAUGAAGAGAUUUUGCUAGGUAAAUACAGCCAACACCUCUCCAGCCACAAGGAGAUGAAAGAGCGAGAGCUUUACGCUCACAUAAAUAAAGGCGGCCGACCCAGGCAGCAUCUCCUGUCUUUGACCAGGAGAGCUCAGAAACAUCGUCUGAGAGAACUGAAAUGUCAAGUCAAGGCUUUUGCUGAGAAAGAAGAGGGAGGAGAUAUAAAGGCUGUAUGCAUGACUUUGUUCCUCCUAGCUUUAAGAGCGAAAAAUGAACACAGACAAGCAGAUGAACUGGAGGCUAUCAUGCAAGGAAGAGGAUCUGGACUUCACCCUGCUGUCUGCCUGGCAAUCCGAGUCAAUACAUUUCUUAGCUGUAGCCAAUAUCAUAAAAUGUACAGAACUGUAAAAGCUGUCACUGGGAGGCAGAUAUUCCAGCCAUUGCAUGCUCUUCGCGCUGCUGAGAAAGCCCUCCUACCCGGUUAUCACCCGUUCGAGUGGAGACCUCCCUUGAAAAACGUAUCCACUAACACAGAAGUGGGUAUUAUAGACGGAUUAUCAGGGCUGCCACUCUCAAUUGAUGACUACCCAGUGGACACAAUUGCAAAGAGAUUUCGAUAUGAUGCAGCCUUGGUUUCUGCCUUAAUGGACAUGGAGGAAGACAUCUUGGAAGGUAUGAAAGCAAAAAAUCUGGAUGACUAUUUGAAUGGUCCCUUCACUGUGGUGGUAAAAGAGUCCUGUGAUGGAAUGGGAGAUGUCAGCGAGAAGCACGGAAGUGGGCCAGCUGUCCCAGAGAAGGCUGUGCGCUUUUCUUUCACAGUCAUGAACGUUGCUAUAGUCCAUGGGAAUGAAAACAUAAGGAUCUUUGAGGAGGCAAAGCCCAAUUCAGAGUUGUGUUGCAAGCCCUUGUGCCUAAUGCUGGCUGAUGAAUCAGAUCAUGAAACUCUGACGGCAAUCCUGAGCCCUCUCAUAGCAGAAAGAGAGGCUAUGAAAAACAGUGAACUGCUGCUUGAAAUGGGAGGUAUCCUGAGAACAUUCAAAUUCAUCUUCAGGGGUACAGGAUAUGAUGAGAAACUUGUCCGGGAAGUGGAAGGGCUGGAGGCCUCUGGUUCCACUUACAUCUGUACUCUCUGUGAUGCCACACGCCUGGAAGCAUCCCAGAAUUUGGUUUUCCAUUCCAUAACAAGGAGCCAUGCUGAAAAUUUGGAGAGGUAUGAAGUAUGGAGGUCCAACCCGUACCAUGAGUCUGUUGAUGAGCUCCGUGACAGAGUGAAGGGUGUUUCAGCCAAACCUUUUAUUGAGACGGUUCCUUCCAUAGAUGCGUUGCAUUGCGACAUUGGCAAUGCAACUGAAUUCUACAGGAUUUUCCAGCUGGAGAUAGGUGAAGUUUAUAAGAAUCCCGAUGUGUCUAAAGAGGAGAGGAAGAGAUGGCAAUUGACUCUUGACAAACACCUCAGGAAGAAGAUGAACUUAAAGCCUAUGAUGAGGAUGAGUGGAAAUUUUGCUAGAAAGCUCAUGUCCAAAGAGACAGUAGAGGCAGUAUGUGAAUUAAUAAAGUGUGAGGAAAGGCAUGAAGCCCUAAAAGAGCUGAUGGACCUUUAUCUGAAAAUGAAGCCGGUGUGGCGAUCUUCAUGCCCUGCCAAAGAGUGUCCAGAACUGCUGUGCCAGUAUAGCUACAAUUCGCAGCGUUUUGCUGAGCUCCUGUCUACAAAGUUCAAGUAUAGAUAUGAAGGCAAGAUUACAAAUUAUUUCCACAAAACCCUUGCUCAUGUUCCUGAAAUCAUUGAAAGAGAUGGAUCCAUUGGUGCCUGGGCAAGUGAAGGAAAUGAGUCUGGAAACAAACUAUUUCGGAGGUUCCGAAAAAUGAAUGCCAGGCAGUCCAAAUGCUAUGAAAUGGAGGAUGUCUUGAAACAUCACUGGCUGUAUACCUCUAAGUACCUCCAGAAGUUCAUGAAUGCUCAUAAAACAUUAAAAAGUCAGGGCUUCACAGUUGAUCCAGAGGGUAGUUUAGGUGACUCAUUACCACUGGAAGGCUCCUUGGAAAGCAACGAUUCAGGGGAAUUUUAAAUGUAAUGAGUAUUUGGCACUGGGUUCACUAUGGUGUCUUCCUGUAAGGAGGCAGGUUCUUUUUCAGGUCUGUGGAGGUACAGGGAAGGCUGAAACAAUUGUUUUAUACUCCCUGUUCAAGGUGUUGAGUGGAGUUUAAUAAACAUCCACUUCUGUUCACGGAGUCCAAAAAAGGCAAUGCAGCGGUGCGUUUACCGGUUGUUAGGUGAGGUGAAAGGGGAAACACGUGGGAAGGAAGGGUCUUCUGUUUAUUGUGGUCCUAGACUGCUGUUCAUAAGUUGGAAAGCUAAAGUAAAGAAGGUUUUAUAUGAAGUGGUAUUGUGAAACAAAUAUGAUUAUGGAGAAUUACAACAGUUGAUGAAAAA